UAACCGGGGAUUUCUUUCUGCAGUUUAAAUACUUGUAUGUAAAUGUGGAGGAAGUCAGGACACUGGCCUGAGAGGAGGUUCAAGCACGACCUCCAUUUAUCCUACUUACCACGCCCCCGCCCGGUCCCAACCCCGCAGCUCCCUGGAAUCCGGGACUUAACCGCGGACAUCGGUCUCCCUCAGCCUUCGACCUCUCGCCGUUCCAUGGUCCAGGUGUGCAGAAUAUUCCAGGUUUCAGGUGCGUUGUGGGCAGAGAGAGAUGUAAGAGGAGUUGUGGGAAGAGCGAUCACAAUCGAUUGUCACUAUGCAGCAACGUACCGCUCGCACACAAAGUAUUGGUGCGAUGGGUGGACUCACCAAUGUUUAAUUAUCGUCGCAACAAACGGGCAACACGGAUGGAGGGGAAGGGUGUCAGUCACAGAUGACACGGCACGGGGAAUAUUUACUGUUACUGUGGAGGAUCUUCACUCUGGAGAUACAGGACGGUACAGCUGUGGAAUUUCAACAUUUGGCAACGAUCCAGUAUUUAAUGUGUAUUUACAAGUAUCUGACGAACCCGUGUCUGUUCCUGUGCUUGGAUUUCUGUCACCAGCAAAUGUCUCACGUCUCGGGGGUUCAGUGUUAAUGUCCUGUGAGUCUGUCCAGGGAUCACUUCCCAUUCAGUACACAUGGUAUGAAAAGACCCCGUCUGUGGAUUCAAAGGUCUCCGACACCAGUAAACUGGAUCUACAUUGUCAAUCCUUCAAACACCAACACCAUCAAUAUUACUGCACAGCCUCAAAUAAUCGUGGAACAAAAUCCAGUGAAAUUGUGAAUGUGACGGUCUUCAACAAAGGAGGGAUCUGCAGUUAUGUGACAGAAAUCAAUAGCACCAUUUCAGGCGCAUUGUGGGCAAAAAAUAAAGUAAGAGGAGUUGUGGGAAGAGCGAUCACAAUCAAUUGUCACUAUGCAGCAACAUACCGCUCACACUCAAAAUAUUUAUGCCGUGUAUGGGGUCACCAAUGUACAAUGUUAGUGGAAACAAAUGGGCAACACGGAUGGAGGGGAAGAAGGUCAAUCACAGAUAACCCGGCACGGGGAAUAUUUACUGUUACUGUGGAGGAUCUUCGCUCUUAUGAUACAGGAUGCUACAGCUGUGGAAUUACAACACCUGGUGAUGAUCCAAUGUUUGACAUACAUCUGCAAGUAUCUGACGAACCCGUGUCUGUUCCUGUGCUUGGAUUUCUGUCGCCAGCAAAUGUCUCUUGUGUUGGGGGCUCAGUGUCAUGUGAGUCUGUCUGGGGAUCCCUUCCCAUUCAGUACACAUGGUAUGAAAAGAUGCCAUCUGUGGAUUCAAAGAUCUCGGACACCAAUAAACUGGAUCUACAUUGUCAAUCCUUCAAACACCAAUACCAUCAAUAUUACUGCAGAGCUGCAAAUAUUCGUGGAACAAAAUCUAGUGAAAUUGUGAAUGUGUCCAUCUACUACAGAGGAGGAAAGUGCAGUUAUGUGAUGCGAUUGACUGGCAUGGUUUCAGGUGCGUUGUGGGCAGAGAGAGAUGUCAGAGGAGUUGUGGGAAGAGCGAUCACAAUCGAUUGUCACUAUACAGAUUGGUACCGCUCGCACACAAAGUACUGGUGCGAUGGGUGGACUCGCCAAUGUUCAACUAUCGUCGCAACAAACGGGCAACACGGACGGAGGGGAAGAGUGUCAAUCACAGAUAACCCGGCACGGGGAAUAUUUACUGUUACUGUGGAGGAUCUUCACCCUGGAGACGCAGGACGGUACAGCUGUGGAAUUUCAACAUUUGGCAACGAUCCAAUGUUUAACGUAGAUCUGCAAGUAUCUGACGAACCCGUGUCUGUUCCUGUGCUUGGAUUUCUGUCGCCAGCAAAUGUCUCACGUCUCGGGGGCUCAGUGUCAAUGUCCUGUGAGUCUGUCCAGGGAUCCGUUCCCGUUCAGUACGCGUGGUAUGAAAAGACCCCGUCCAGGGAUGUAAAGAUUUUCGACACGAGUGUACUGGAUCUAUAUUGUCAAUCCUUCGAACUCCAGCACCAUCAAUAUUACUGCACAGCCUCAAAUAAUCGUGGAGAAAAAUCCAGUGAAAUGGUCAACGUGACGGUCUUCAAAAAAGGAGGGAUCUGCAGUUAUGUGACAGAAGUCAAUGGCACCAUUUCAGGUGCGUUUUGGGCAAAAGAUAGAGUAAUAGGAGUUGUGGGAAGAACGAUCACAAUCGAUUGUCACUAUGCAGCAGUAUACCACUCACACACAAAAUAUUUAUGCCGUGUGUGGGGUCACCAAUGUAUAAAGUUAGUGGAAACAAAUGGACAAAGUAGCCAGUAUGGAAGAAGGUCAAUCACUGAUAACUCGACACAAGGAAUAUUUACUGUUACUAUGGAGGAUCUUCACACUGAAGAUACAGGAUGGUACAGAUGUGGAAUUAAAACUCUUGGCCUGGAUCCAAUGUUUGACAUACAUCUACAGGUAUCUGAUGAACCCGUGUCUGUUCCUGUGCUUGGAUUUCAGUCACCAGCAAAUGCCCGAUGUCUUGGACACUCAGUAACAGUGUCCUGUGAGUCUGUCUACGGAUCCCUUCCCAUUACCUAUGCAUGGUAUGAAAAGAUGCCCUCUGAGGAUUCAAAGAUCUCAAAUAACACUAAACUAGAUCUACAUUGUGAAUCCUUAAAAGGCCAAUAUUAUCAGUACUAUUGUACAGCAUCAAAUGUUAAUGGAACAAAAUCCAGCGAAAUGGUCAAUGUGUCCAUAUCCAACAGUGGGACCUGCAGAAAUGUGAUUGAAGCCAACAGCACGGGGCCAAUGUAUUUUUGUGACAUUUCUGUGACAGAAUCAAUGACAACUGCACAAAGGAAACAACAUACUCCAUUUCCAAUACCCACUUACAUAAUUGUACUCAGUGUCCUUGGGAUUCUUCUCAUCAUUCUUGUCAUUUGUUUACUUUGCUACCUGAAGUGGAAAAACAGGGUAUCCAAGUGCAACACAUCUCGCAGUGGAGGCAAAAAUGAAACCCAGGAAAUGGCCACAUUGGAAGGGAGCAUCGUUUAUGCAGAUCUGCACCAACUUCGAACCAAUGAGGCAGCUGCCCAGUUGGAUAACAAUGAAAAUGGAAUUGUGUAUGCAGAUGUGCAGUUUCAAAGGAAAUCAAGAGUUGGGCAUUCCAUUACUGAUGAAGACAAUGUCACCUAUGCAGAUAUCAAAUUGCAAAGUCAUCCUCGAAAGCCCAAACAGAAAGGUCCCUCUCCUGGCACUCUGCAGGACUCUGCACAGGCAAUUUAUGCCAAUGUUGGUUCUUAGGAAACUUAUUUACUUCAGCCUGUGUUGUAUAUUUCUCCUUCCUUGCUUUACUAUUGUAUUAUGAUUCUACUUCCUUAAUCCAUCCACGUAAUUAUCUUGUCAAGCUUUUUCUGAGUUGCUUCUUCAAAUCCCUUUCCAGCUCCUUUUCAUCAGCAAGUGUAAUCAAUUGGCAUUGAGUUUCUGUGUCUGGAUCAUCUAUGCAAAUGUCAAAAUGCUCUUGCCUCUCAUUCUGAGUUCUGCAAUAUCCACCCUGACACCACACUCACACCACCUCCUCAUCAAUCAUAAUUUCUUUCAGGGGUUUGAAUGAAAACAAAGCGAUAUCUUGUUCGAGUUAUAUAGAGCUCUGGUGAGACUGCAUCUGGACUAUUUUGUAAGGUAUGGUUCUUCCCACCUAAGGAAAGAUGGACUUGUAAUGGAUGGAGUGUGGCAAAGCUCUCCUGGAAGGAUUCUUGGGAUUGUGAAUUUGUUAUAUAAGGAGGGAUUGCCAUAUGAGGCUGACUGGAAAUCAUCUCUCUAUACUUUAGAGGUGAUCUCAAUGAAACACAGAAUAUAGAACAUAGAAUAUAGACCAUAGAACAGUAUAACACAGGAACAGGCCCUUCAGCUCACUACAUCUGCGCUGACCAUUAUUCCAGUCUAACUAAUCCCAUCUCCCUGCACAUGAUCCACAUCUAUUCCCUACCUGUUCAUGUAUCCGUCUCAAUGCCUCUUAAAUGUUGCUAUUGUGUAUCCUUCCACCACCUCCCUUGGCAGCACAUUCUAGGCACCAACUACUCUCUGUGUAAAAUGAGAAACUUACCUUGCACAUCUCCUUCAAACUUCCGCCUGCUCACCUUAAACCUAUGUCCUCUGAUAUUUGACAUUUCAUCUUGGGAAAAGGACUCUGACUAUCUACCUUGUCUAUGCUUCUCAUAAUUUUAUAUAUUUCCAUUAGGUCGACCCUCAGCCUCUGACUCACCAGAGAAAAUAAUCCAACUUUGUCCAAACUCUCCGUAUAGCUAUUACACUCUAAUCCAGGCAACAUCACAGUUAACCUCUACUGCACCCUCUUUGAGGCCUCUGCAUCUUUUCUAUAGUGUGGCAACCAGAACUGCACACAAUACUCCAAGUGUGACCUUACCAAAGUUUUAUACAUCUGCAACAUGACUUGCCAGUUUAUAUACUCAAUGCCCUGACCAGUGUUAGCAAGAACGCCAUACGCCUUCUUUACCACCCUAUUCACUUUCAUUGCCUCUUUCAGGGAGCUACGGACUUGCACCCCAAGAUCCCAUUGUACAUCAACACUGCAAAGUGUCCUGCCAUUUACAGUAUAAUUUCAUCUUGCAUUUGACCUCCUAAAAUGCAACAUCUCAUGCUUGUCCAGAUUAAAGUUCAUCUACCUUUUCUCUGCCCGAACUUCCAGCUGAUCUAUAUCCUGCGGUAUCCUUUGGCCACCUUGCUCACUAUCCACAACUCCUCAGUUGUUUUAUUGUCUUAAUGCUUAUUAAUCAAAGUACCUACAUUUUCAUCCAAAUAAUUUAUAUAUAUCACAAACAACUGAGGUCCCAGUAUUGAACCUUGCAGAGCAACAUUAUUCACAGACCUCCAGUCAGAAAAACACUUCCUCCACCACUACCCUCUGUUGUCUCUGGCCAAGCCAACUUUGUUUCUAACUAAGAAACUCACUAUGGAUCCCAUGUGGUUUAAUUUUCUGGACCAGCCUACCAUGAGGGACCAUGCCAAAUGCUUUGCUGAAGUCCAUGCCCACAACAUCCACUGCGCUCCCUCAUCAAUCAUCUUGUUCACUGUCAUUAUUCUGGAGUUAUGAAAUUAUAUGGAUAACCAGUAUUCAUUAAAAAUGAGAACCAGUCUUCAGGAAAUAAGCUGUUCACAAUUCAACUUCCAUUGACACUCAAAGGCCAUCAGAACCUAUCAUUGAGUGUGGGACAUUCUGAUUCUGUACCACCCCAGGGUAAGACAAUAGAUGAAUGAUGAUGUUAAUUGGUACUUAUUAAAACCUUAAUGAUAAAAUCAGGGAAGCCAUUAAGUGGCCAUCUACUGUAUUAACACGUUGUUAAAGACAUAUUCCUGCCACUUGAUGGACAGUUCAGGACAUGCCUGUUUUGUCAAUAUUCUGGCUGUUUGUACAUUCAGCGAUCCAUCCCUCAACACUGUAACAAAAGAGCUAUAUUUUGGAUGACUGGAGUUUGUGCUCAGAAGCUUUCAGACCAGCCGCCAGUAUUUGAAUAUUCAGAAGGUCUGCUCAGUUGGGAUGUGCUGCCACUGUAAAUAUGUAAUUCUGCAAAAGUUAGCUGUCUAUGUUCAAAAUAUUAAUGCUAUGGAGGUAAUUAUAUCCACUGAAAAUGCAGUUAAUCACUUAUUGUUGUCUUUGUGUUUACAAAGUACAAAGCAUCAUUGUACUAUUGUGUGAGGGGAGAGGAGAAAUAGAUUCUCCAUGAGAUCUGCUGUGUUGAAUAAAGUUCUUGUAUAUCUCACACUUGCAGCUUCCAUGUGGCUCAGUUCAGCAGUCACAACAGUCCCUCAGAGCCAUAGAGCAAUACAGCACGGAUACAGGCCCUUCGGCCCAACCAGUCCAUGCCAACCAUGGUGCCCACCUAGCCAGUCCUAAUUUCCUGCAACACACACAAAAUGCUGGAGGAACUCAGCAGAUCAGGCAGCAUUUAUGGAGGAAAAUAAACAGUCAAUGUUUCGGGUGGAGACACUUCAUCAGGGCUGGAAAGGAAGAGGGCAGAAGCCAGAAUAAAAAGGGAGGGGGAGGAGCACAAGCUGGCAGGUUGCUCCUUCCCGUCCCCCUACCUUUUUUUUCUGGCUUCUGCCCUCUUCCUUUCCAGUCCUGAAGCAGGGGGUCAACCUGAAAUGUCAACUGUUUAUUUCCCUCCAUAGAUGCUUCCUGAGCUGCUGAGUUCCUCCAGCAUUUUGUGUGUGUUGCUCCAGAUUUCCAGCAUCUGCAGAAUCUCUUGUGUUUCCAAUUUCCUGCAUUUGGCCCAUAACCCUCUAAACUCCACCCCUCCUUGUACCUACCCAAAUGCUUCUUAAAUGAUACUAUGUACUAUGAAAUUUUUAGGAAUUAAGAAAUAUAAGACAUUUGCCUCCAAUGUCUGUAGUCUUACUAUUAAAUUAACUAUAGGCCUACUGCAGAUAUCUAUGGAUAAAUGAGAUUGUUAUAUUUGAAUAAUUGGGCAUUCUGAAGAGCGAAAAAUGCCAUCGAUUUUGACUGAAUUUUACUGUAUUUUAUUGUAUUUUAUACUACUGCUUAUUAUGUAUUAUGUACUCCAUGUACCUACCCAAGUGCUUCUUAAAUGAUACUAUUGUACCUGCCUCAACUACUUCCUUUGG